AUGGAAAUAUUUACUAGAUUACUGAUCAUCCUGGGAUCUGCAUCUGUCUUGGUCUCACAAGAAGAAAAGAAGAAAUUCGACCACAGUGUCCAGCAGCUGUUCGAGCUGUACACCUCCAACAGGCGCUUGCUGGACGGCACCAAGCAGAGGGACAUCCAGAUUGUCUAUCCACAACAGCUGCGCAAAAACCAAGUUGUCGGCAUUUCCACCAAAGAGCAUCGCAUCAGACAUCAUGGCACCCAUGAACAUUACAAACAUGUCACCUUCCAACUGGACAUCAAUGGAGUGCGCUACAAGCUUAAGCUGGACCUCAACGAAGCCCUGUUGUCGUCUGGUAUCAUGAUUAAACACUACAUCGAUCACAACCAGCAGGUUAUAUCACAGACUGUGGAGCAUUGCUACUAUCAUGGCACUGUGAAGAAAGACGAUUGGUCGGCUGUGGCCGUGAGCACGUGUAAUGGAAUCAGGGGUAUCAUACAGCUUCACAAUGAGACGUACAUUAUACAGCCUCUGCUGGGAGGAGAUGAGGGGGUUAAGCACCCACAUGUUCUGUACAAAGCCACGGUGUCUGAAAGUGAAACCUGUGGGAAUGGUAAAGGCCAGUGGCAGCCUUUCAAGGAGCUACAUAAAAGAGAAUAUGUCAGAAGACUGAAGUACCUCAAGGCUCAGAGGAUGACGCGUGACCUCACAAAUGCAGACCCAACGUUCAUCCAUCUGGCUCUGGUUUUUGACACAUCUGUGUACCAGACCCUCAAUUUAACUCAUGCAGAAGUGGUCGCCUAUGCCAUCCAAACUGCCAACAUCGUCGACUUGUACUACAAGGAGAUGAAGAUGCGGGUUGCCCUGGUGUACGCGGAGUUGUGGAACAUUGUGGAUCAGUUCACCGUCAGCCCAGUUCUCAGAGAAACCCUGGAAAACUUCCUGAAUUUCAGAGCAAAGACACUAAAAAAUGUGGACCAUGACGUUGCCCAGUUUAUCACAAACCGGAGAUUUGAGGAAAACAGCAUUGGGCUGGCCAUACCAGACUCCAUAUGUACAGACAGAGCUAUUGGUAUUAACAAGAACCCAGACACGUUGGAGCCCCAACAGGUGGCGACAGUGUUGGCUCACAUGAUCGGCCAUAACCUGGGACUGAAACACGACGAAGACGAAGCAUGGAGAUUAGAUUACUACUCAGGUGAAUGUGAGUGUCUGGACCAGUUUGGCUGUAUCAUGUCCUACAAAAUCUUUCAGUUCCGUGGCUUCCACUCUCGUCGGUUCUCCAGCUGUAGUGUCAAGGACUUGGAGAUCUCUAUCAACAUGGGCCUAGCCUCCUGCCUGGUCAAGAAGAAUGAGAGGAACUUUGCACAGCAGUGUGGUAAUAAGUUUGUCGAGAGAGGGGAAGAGUGUGACUGUGGGUCAAGGGAGGAUUGUGCUCUGCUGGACCCAUGCUGUGACCCCCGCACCUGUCUGCUAAAGUCCUGGGCCACAUGUAGGUCUGGACCCUGCUGUAACAACUGCACUCUGUACCCUGCGACCCAUGUUUGCCGUGACAAGACAACUGAGUGUGAUGUUCCGGAGUUCUGUACAGGGCUCACAGGAGAGUGCCCAAGUAACAACUUCAUCCAGGACGGCCACCCAUGUGCUAACAACACAGGCUACUGUUUUGGGGGGAUUUGCCCUACCCUCGGGCAGCAGUGCCAGGCCAUCUGGGGAGAGGAGGCCGAGAGCGCAGAUUUCCGCUGCUUUGAGAGAUUUAACCCAACGGGAAAUUUCAACGGCCAUUGUGGGCGAGAUGAAAGCACAGGACACUACAUCAAGUGUACCCCUGAGAACUCCCAGUGUGGUUUACUUCACUGUGAUGGUGGGGAUAAGGUGCCCUUGUACGGCCCAGACAAGGCCUUCUCCAAAACCACAGUGUCAUCAGGAGGGGUCGAGUACGAAUGCAAGAUUGUGCACGGCCCGGCAGCGCUGGACAUGCCCCACACAGGGAUGGUAGAGGACGGUACCCGGUGUGGGGAGGGAAGUCUCUGCCUGGACAGGACCUGUGUGGGGGUAGACACCCUGGCUCACCUCAUCUGCCCAGCUAACUCCCUCGGGUUGGAGUGCUCCCAACAUGGGAUUUGCACACGAGGAGGCACGUGUUUCUGUUACCCAGGCUGGAGUGGCUUUGCCUGCGACAUUGAGGUGGAGAUCAUCACAGAACCACCUAUGACCAAAGCUCCACCCACAACGGCUACAACAACAACACCUGUCCCUGUGAACAUUCGGACUGGGUCGACACCCGCAACGGCUGUGUCGGGUCAGUCAAGAUACCCCUCCUCCACUCCAACUCUCGCCGUUGUCAAAGACACUAAGCCUGGCCUGAGCACGACCUGGUUAGUGGUCAUUCUGGCCUCAGUAGUUGGAGGACUUGUCCUUGUUAUAGGACUCACCAUGAUCUGUUACAGACGAAAGACACCAAACAAGUCAGUUUUGUCGGGAAGUAAAAACAACAUCUUCAUCGGCCAAGACUCGUCUCUCCUCAAGAAGAAAGGGGACAACUCUGACGGGUCUGGAAAGAAAUCGCUCAGGUUAAUAAGUUUUGGCAGUUUGCCAACAUAUAGACUGGGUAAAUCAAAGAAGAAAGGUAAGAAAAUGAGACCAUCUUCUGAGGAGGAAAGCGACAUUGGAGAGUUACCUCCCCCUCCCAUCAUCAUUACCUCCCCGAACAGUGCCAAACCUCCAGAGAAAGGCAUUCUGAAGAAUUCGCUGAACUCGAUAAAGUUCCGUGAGGCAAUGGCUCAGACCAGCGAGGACACAAACACAGAUGACCAGAACGACUGCGAGACAGGAUCGAGGUCAAGUCUGAGUCUCACGCAGUGUAUGGGCAAUGACGAGGAGCUGGAAGAGGAGGAUGAGGAUGCCGAACUGCGCCAGAUCCUCGAGGGGACCGCUGCUUGUUACCAUAGAGACCACGACCACAAUUACGCGGGACUAACCAUGCCUGGGUCAGACAGCUAUGAGAAUCAGUUUGUGUUGCCCGCGCCACCAACCACCAUGUUCGACAGUCCGCUGCACAGCCCCGCACUGAGCUUUGCCAGUAGCGGACGCACAGGUGGAUACCCGUACUCCAGGCGUGGAAGCAACAACAGUGGACGUGACAAUGGGAUUCCGUCACCCGCGCGCGCCAAACACCUACGUCUGCGUCCCCUGGAAGACAUGAUGGAGAGGAAUCAGUCAACAUACGUGGAUCUGUCACCAUCUCCGGAGGACAUGGCCAACGAACACAAAAUCUCGCCGUCUAACUCCGAGGACAUUCGCAGCAGUGAGACUGAGGUGGACCGCGAUUACUAUCAGUGUAACAAGCGUCCAGACCACACGAGCGCACCUAAGUACACCUACAGUAAUAAUCGGGAGGACCGGCGGUUCCACAGGGACCAUGAACCACCCACAUCUGACGCUGCAGGGUUAGGGCUCUCUCGCAUCCCUAAACUCAGUCCACUCAGGUUUGAAAAGUUCCUACUCCAUUCCCGAGGCAAUUACGAUGGCAGAGGGUUGAGAGGGACAGACGAUGAUAACGGUAAUCUCAACACUAGUGACUUGAGCUCGCACCAGGGCACGGCAAACUCCCGCAGCGGCUGUGAGAAAAGCUCGGGCUACGGCAGCGAGCAAGAUCCUGAUCGGAAAAGCAUCGAAGACCUCGUCAAUCCAAGAUCACGAUCAAGGUCACAGUCAUCAUCCCCGCCAACCUUCAGCAAUGUCAUCCGAGCAGGUCCAAACCGCAUCCAGUUGGUUCCGUCAGGAGAUCGGGACCACCAGAUGGCGCCACCUCUACCACAACGGCAGCCUCAGAAGGUUUCAUACAGUGCUAACGAGAGAUUACAGAAGCUGUUGGAGGGCCUACCGCGUAUCAAUGCGGGAAGUUUUGAGCGGAGCCCGAUAGCCAACACACCCUCUGGUAGCAGCACCAGUAGUGGGUCUAGUCGUGGAAGUAUAGUAGGAGUUCCCCAAGACCUGGGUCCAAAGUCACGUCCGCUGCCGCCGGCACGCAGCUCUAACCGUGACAGUGUGCCGUGUAUAGACAGAAGUUUGGACGAAAUCCCUCAGACUGUAGAGGAUGAGUUGUCUGAGGGGUCAGCAGCCGAUCCCAUGGGGGAGGAAGGCUUGCGGACACAGAGACCCACCAGUCUGGACGUGUACCACAAAACUGGUCUGUCAGAUCCCCGUAACCUAAACACACACAACCCCGCAGACAAACUUGACCGCUUCGUCAACAAACAAUACACUGAAUUGGACAGGGGAGCCAGCUAUCUGAACAUGGAUGAAUAAAACUAUAAUAAAGCUGGGAGACGUAGAGUAUUAAUUGAGAACAUAUGAAUUGUCAAAGCAUGCAGAUGUUUCUACAAAUCAUUGAGAAAGUUGAGCCAGCAUCAGGCUUGGCUUUCGCAGAACUAUACUACAUGGAAGGACUCACAAGGUAUAAGUAGACAUUGAUAUCUGCCCUUGACCUCCAGUAUUUGACCUUGACAUAUGACGUCUGAUUUUGGUUUUUUAUGUCUGACCUUGAUGUCUAACCUUGGGUUUGGAUGUCUAACCUUGGGUUUGGAUGUCUGACCUUGAUAUCUCACGUUGGGUUUGGAUGUCUGACCUUGGUUUGGAUGUCUGACCUUGGUUUGGAGGCCUGACCAUUAUAACAUUUUAUUGUUAUUGUUUGUACUGAGCAUGUUCAAAGCCAAAAUGUCAACAAAGUGUAUGUGCAGCAUUCACUGCCGUCUCAUAGGAAACAAAAUCUACAUAGAAAGAUAUUUUUAGUCACAAAAUAACCUUUUUAUUUUUUUUUUUUCAUAUUUUUUUUCAAGGACUUUAUCCAAAGGAUUGAUAGGAAAGUAUUAUGCAACAAAAUAUUGAUAUUUGUGCAACACAACCGCUCAGUUUAAUGUCAAUUUGUGCUUUUUUGACCAAAUUCACACUUGCCAAAUUUUCACCUGAAGGGGAGACAAGUAAGGAAAUAACUUCAUCACAGACUUGAUCAUUGCUGAGUCAUACGCCCAUUGUCAUUAGAGUUGAUCAAUAGAACAUGGCAGGACCCAGUGGGUAUUUUUUAAGAAACUGAUUGCGUUUCUUCAUGUGUAUCACGCAAAGCUCACAUAUGCAUUUGGCCAUUUCACCUUAUUCUCAGCACUCAAUCCAUAAACUGCCAACUUGUCAAGAGCAUUAAACUUUUUCACGUGAAAAUUCUAUCAUUUAGAUGGGCGGCUUUCGAUGCUGUUCAGUUUGGAAAGAGGAAAAUUUAGACUGUAGCUGCUGAAGAAGUUGUGGAGAGAAGGUUGUGGAUUCCAUGGCACAAUGUCCCUUCCUGUUUGUAAAGUAAAAGGCAAAAAAAAACCCCACUAAAAUGAAGUAUAUAUCAGAUGAAAGUCCAGUGAACUUUGUCCAGGAAAAUAGUUGUUUCUCAGAAUUUUUCCAGCUGAAUAAAAUCAUGCUUUUAAAACAUCAGAUUCUGUGCUGGUCUGUAGUGGCCCAGAUGGUAUCGGUGACUUCACAUCCUUAUUUCUGGCUGAACUAUGUCGUUUCAAGGCCCAAGGUCCAGCGAAUGUACAUGUAUAUGUGUCUUAUAGGAUGUUGAAAUCUAGAAGUCUAUGCGUUAAACGACAUCACUGGUCCCAGUAUGGUCAGAAAAAGUCUCCGAAGAAUCCAAAGUUCAAUUGAAUUUUGAUUGGUUCAAAAAGUUCUUUAAAAAAAAAAUGUGAAUUUUUAGACAGUGUUUAAUGGUCUUCCACCUGACUUGUACUUCACAUUUGUGUUUUCCUUGCCUAUAAGGUAGGGAAUCUUUGUCCCAUUCACUAUGGGAAAACGUUGUUUUAGAACAUCUCAUCAUUCAGGUUCAUGAACAAUUCGGUUUGUACACAAUAUUGUACACAUCAGCAUUAUUAGAUUUUUGUAAGAAACAGUAUUACAUGUAGAUUGAUUAUUACUGCAUUUUACACCGUAUAUGUAAAUGGGAAAGCACAAAAACAGGACAAAAUUUAUGUAGUCUCAUGCUGUCUUGGUUACGAGAAAUUUUGCAAGCAUAGGCUUAAAAUGUUCAGACUUUUAACAAUGUUGUAAAUUUGCUUGUAGCAACCUGCAAAAGCUUAAAUGAUUGAUUUCUACGGUCCUAGCUGGCCACAAUAUGGCUGAUAAAUUGCCAGUCCAAUGUUUAGCCAAAAUCAUUCUUCAGUCCUGGCCAUACUGUUUUUUCAAAAGUCAGUGGUAUAAAAGGUCUUUGUGAAACAUCAUUGUAGAAGUCCAUUUUUAAACAUUGGUGUGAAAGAUUGUGCAACAUUAUUGUGAAACAGGAGCCUAAAAAUUUAUUGUGAAACAUCAGUGUGAAAGAUCAUUGUGAAUAUCAGUGAACGUCAGUGUGAAAGGUCAUUGUGAACAUCAGUGUGAAAGGUCAUUGUGAACAUCAGUGAACGUCAGUGUGAAAGGUCAUUGUGAACAUCAUUGUGAAAGGUCAUCAUGAAACAUCAGUGUGAAAGGUCACUGUGAAACAUCAGCGUGAAAGGUCACUGAAACAUCAACUGAAAGGUCAUCGUGAACAUCAUUGUGAAAGAUCACUGUGAAACAUCAUUGUGAAAGGUCAUUGUGAAGCAUCAGUGUGAAAGGUCACUGUGAACAUCAUUGUGAAAGGUCAUUGUGAAGCAUCAGUGUGAAAGGUCAUUGUGAACAUCAUUGUGAAAGAUCACUGUGAAACAUCAGUAUGAAAGAUCAUUGUGAAGCAUCGGUGUGAAAGGUCAUUGUCAAACUUCAGUAUGAAAGGUGGUUUUAAAACAUAUGUUGACAUGGUUGUAAAAUCAACAGGUAAAGUAAGUUUGGAAAGUGACAGGGUCUUGAGGUUGCAAAUUAUUUUGCAAGAAAAAGAAUAUUUUCAACAAAAAAAGCUUUUAUGUCCAGUAGUUCGUGGUUCAUAGGACAAUUUGAGUGCCUAAGUGAACUGGGCAAGGUCAAGUUAAAGUUGUAAGCCGCCAUCUUAUGACAGGUAGUUAGCCAUUUCAACAUCUCAGAACAUAUCAUGAAUUUUUGACUCCAUAUAUUAAAAGUGUAAAUGUGACGACUUCAAAGUGGACAUUUGUUGUUUAAAUCAAACAGGUGUUGUAGAAAAGGUAGGGCUUGUUUAAGUUAGUAAUUAGUAAAGGUAGAUGUAUAUGUAGUUAUUGUUCAGAAGGAUUAUGUUGUAGGUUUGAUACAGGUAUUUACGUGUAAUUCACUUAAUAAAACUAAACAGAAUAUGAGGCAAGCACUUCAACCUUUUCACAUAUGAAAGAGCAACUUUCAGUGCAUUUUAUGCAUGUUAUUAAUUUGAUUUUGGAGAUAACACUACAUUUGUCGGAUAGGCCAAUUUCAGGGCUUCACAAAAGUACUAUUUUAUCAGUCAUCACAGAAUAAUACCUUCAGAAUAUGCUUGAAUAAAAACCUUGCAAACAUGUGAAAAUGUUGAAGAAUUACAAUAACCUUGCAAAAAUUAAGCAGUUACUUGAUGUUUUAGAUUUUGAUUUAAAUUCAGACGUGUACAUGUAGUUGUGGAAUUUGGCUUGUAUAUUGCAGUGCCCAAGCAUGGCUCUUCAUCGUUAGGCAAAUGUAGAUAGACAAUUUACUGGGGAUGCAUCAAAUUCCUUUCAAAUUGUAAAUAAAGAAUGGUUUAAUAGUGAUAUGCAUUGUACAUGAUAGCUCUGUCAUUUUUAAUUUAUACAAAAAUCACAUGGUAUGAUCUCAUUGUUUUGGUUUUGAUUUGUUUGUUGUUGUUUUUUUUUGUGAUGUAUUUUAUUUUUAGAACUUGUGUAUGUAUAUAAUAAGGGGCUAUGAAAACAUCUGAAGGGAGGUAGUUUUCAUAUACAUUGGUCUGGGAGUGAUGUUUGCAAUAUAUUACCUGUAUCAGUUUUUUUGUGACAGAGACAGAAUCAAACGAGUAGAGCAGUAUGUAUUACUUCAUAUAUUGUCUGCAUUACUUUUCUCAUUUUUACCAUUUUUUUUUCUAGAUUUUUAAGGUUGCUUUGCAAAGUCAACUGCUUUUUUUUUUAUUUGUAAUAUAUUUAUUUUUGUGCUUUUCUACACACUUAGAAAACUUUUGUAAUCGCAAAGAUAAAAAGACUACUGUUCUGCUAUGGGAACACUUUUGGUUUCUGUCAAGUUUUUCAUUAGGGAUAGGCUCUAUCUGUAUCGCUGUUGCAACAGUGCUCAUUGACGAAUUAAAUUGGUGCAUCAUUCAGAUUGGAUUUAGAUAAGCUUUUUAUUUUCAUUUAACUUUUCAAAAAAAAAAUAAAAAUACAUGGAAAGCAAAUGUUACAAAGAAGGAAAUUGUGGCACAUGCGAACCUGUAACAAAUUAUGUAAGACUUCAAAAUGGCGUGUGUCUAUGUAUAGUUCGUUAAAAAUACGUGUUGAAGUACGAUAAGGAGAUGUGGUUGCUGAGUGUUGUGUGUUGCCAUUUCUCUAUACUCUACAAUCUUGUGGCCUUGAUAUAUGUUAGCGUUUAUAUACCUAUACAUUAACACGUGUAAAUACGCGAUUUAGCUGGCGUUAUCACUGUUUGUUCACGUGCAAUGAUUGUUUGACAGCUGUUAUAUGCUUGUUUUGCUAACGAACGCCUUCACAGUCUACAUGUAUUUGGAAAAGAUAUCGUAAGUAAAAUGUAAAUGAGAUUUCAAU